AUGGGAGGGGGGGAGUAUAGCCUGAGUGACUAUAGCGCAGGUGCCUCAAGAGGAGGUGAUGACGUGGCAGGCAGAAGGGAGCGACGUACAUGGGAAAGAAUGUGGAAAGGGAGGGCGGGAAGCGGGAGCAGAGGGGGGGAGAUGGGGGAGGCGGGGUUGGGGGAGGGGAAUGGGAGGGAGAGGGGAUGGAGGGAAGGGGGGGACUGGGGGGAGGGGAAGGAGUGGAGGGAGGAGGCCGGGUUGAGAAGGCUGAGGCGAUUGCUGCAGAGAGAUGAGGAGAGAGUUCAGGUGAGAGUUCAGGUGAAAGUUCAGGUGAGAGUUCAGGUGAGAGUUCAGGUGAGAGUUCAGGUGAAAUUUCAGGUGAUGGCUCAGAUGAAAGGUCAGGUGAGAGUUCAGGUGACGGUUCAGGUGAGAGUUCAGGUGAGGGCUCAGGUGAGAGUUCAGGUGAGAAUUCAGGUGAGGGCUCAGAGAUGUGGGGGUAUGGGUGUGGGGGAUGGGUGUGGGGGGAGGGUGUGGGGGAUGGGUGUGGGGGAUGGGUGUGGGGGAUGGGUGUGGGGGAUGGGUGUGGGGCCUGGGGGUAUGGGUGUGGGGCCUGGGGGGAUGGGUGUGGGGCCUGGGGGGAUGUAUACAUCAAUGAAGUAUGGCGGGUCGGCGGCAGUGACUCGCAUUCAUGGCGUAUCUUCCUGGAAGGGUGAGAGGGAGAAAGGAGGGAUGGGUGGGGAUGGGUGGGGAUGGGUGGAUAUGGGUGUCCUGGGCAGCCACGGGAAGACAAGCCAGCUCUACUACAUAGCAGUGGGUCUCGGCACCCCCCCCCGCACCUACUUUCUCGACAUAGACACGGGAAGCCAUGUCUCCUGGGUGGCGUGCGAUGCUCCCUGCGUGAACUGCGCUCAGGGCCCCAACCCAUGGUACAACCCCUCCCAUGCCUCUCUGGUGGACUGCCGUUCCGACCUCUGCCAAGCCGCACAGACAGGCUUCAUCCGAGGCUGCUCCUCAGGCUCGGAAGGUGUCGAAGCUGAGGAAGUGGUCCAGGGGGGCAUGGGGAUGAAGGAAGGGGAGGGGGUUCACACCAAGCCACGGCAUUUACAAGAGGCGUCCAGAGGGGUUAUGAACGGUACCAGCAGCGUUGCAGCAGGUGCUGCUAGUGCUGCUGGUGGUGCUGGUGACAGCAACCGGAGUGACAAUAACGAGGGUGACAGCAGCAGCAGCGGCCAGUGUGACUAUGACAUAGUGUACGCAGACGGAAGCAGCUCCCAGGGUGUGCUUGUAACGGAUAGGUUACUGUUCCUGCACCCCUCGGGCACACUCAAGGCCGCGCAAUUCACAUUCGGCUGUGCAUACGACCAGGAGGGGGAUCUCGCCAUCUCCCCUGCUCGCUCCGAUGGGGUGCUGGGUCUCGGCCCAUCCAACCUCUCGCUCCCUGCCCAGCUGUCCAGAGCAGGGGCGGGGCGAAACGUGUUUGGCCACUGUCUCGAUUCGGCAGUAUCUGGGGGAGGUUACUUCUUCAUAGGGGAAGCGCUUUUACCCAGCACCCUCACCUGGACCCCCCGUGCUGCCACCAGCGACACCCGCUACUACCACGCAUCCCUCCUCCGCAUCUCCUACGGUUCCAAGAAGCUUCCCAUCGACGAUCCCAAGGCGCUCCACAAUAAGCACGCAGGCUCUGCCUCUGCUUAUAACGAGGAUGGUGGAGUGGAGAGCGGAGGGGCAAUAUUUGACUCGGGGUCGUCAUUUGCAUACCUGCCUGCUGCACCAUUUGACGCACUGCUAGAGAUGGUAUCAGCCGAUGCAGCAGCAGCAGGCAUGCAGGCAGACACCACCGUGACUGUGCUACCGCACUGCUGGCGGGCGGGUAAAGGGGCAGCCGAGAUCAGGUCCACCGUUGAUGUGGCAUCUCAUUUCUCUCCGCUCACUUUCUCGUUUAAGUCACACUCCAUCUUCUCCACAUCAGCUGAUCUCUCCGUUGCUCCUUCAACAUAUCUCCUCUCACCAAGGCAUGGCACAGUUUGCCUUGGCAUUCUGGACGGAGAUGAGUCAAUCGCAUUGGGAGGCAAUUCCCGAACCAUCAUCGGAGAUAUCACGAUGCGGGGUUACCUUAUGGUGUAUGAUAUUGAGAAUGCAAGGAUCGGUUGGUCCCUGGCGAAUUGUUCCUCCAAACCAUGA